CCAGCACUGCCUAGACAAAGACUCCUACCUGGCCAAGCUCCGGUGGGCAGAAAACAUGUCUACCCGCUAUCACCAAGCAGCGAGUGACAGCUACCUGGAACUUCUGAAGGAGGCCACCAAGCGGGAUCUGAAUCUCUCAGAUGAGGAUGGCAUGACGCCCACUCUCCUGGCAGCCUACCACGGCAACCUCGAGGCCCUAGAAAUAAUCUGCAGUAGAGGUGGGGACCCUGAUAAGUGUGACAUCUGGGGGAACACCCCUCUACAUUAUGCAGCCUCCAAUGGCCACAUCCACUGCAUCUCAUUUCUAGUCAACUUUGGUGCCAACAUCUUUGCCCUGGAUAAUGACUUGAAGUCUCCUUUGGAUGCUGCUGCUAGCAGGGAGCAGAAAGAAUGUGUUGCUCUCCUGGAUAAGGCUGCCACUGUGCAGAACACCAUGAACCCCAAAAGGGUCACUAGACUGAAGGAACAGGCUCUGAAGAAUGCUAGGAGGCAGAUGAAAGAGUGUGAAAGGCUUCAGGAGAGGCAUCAAAACAAGAUGGCGCGCACAUAUAGCAAGGAGGACUCUGGGACGCUUGCUUCUUCCCAUAGUACCUUCUCUCGGUCAUUUCUUUCAAAUACUUCUGCUGGUGGAUUUGGAUCACUGUCUAAAGGCAUUAAAGAUACCUUCAAGAUAAAAUCUAAGAAGAGUAAAGAUACAGCAGAGCAGGGAGGGAAGGAUGGCAGAAGUGGGCAGAGGCCUGUGAUGGAAGUGUUCAGAGAGGAGGAGGAAGACUCAUUUCCAAAGGACUUCAAAGAGAAGCUCCAUUUCUCAGUAGAAGAAGCCAGUGAUGUACAACACGAGUCUAUUCUCAACCGUCCAGGUCUAGGAAGUAUUGUCUUUAGUAGAAACAGAAUAAUGGACCUUGAGUACAUGUCUUACAGCGAGAAGGAGUUGGGGUUUAUAAUGCCCCGUAGGCUGUUCCAAAGACAAGAAGCAGAAGGAACAGAUGAAGAAGAGGAGGAGGAGGAGGAGGAGGAAGAGAGAGAGGCAAACAGGGCUGCAGCUGAUCUUUCUUGGGAUGAAGAAGAUGUAGAAUGGGAGGAAGAUGCUGUUGAUGCCACUCCAUUGGAAGUAUUCUUGCAGUCUCAGCACCUGGAGGAAUUCCUUCCCAUUUUCAGGAGAGAACAGAUUGAUCUAGAGGCCCUGCUGCUUUGCUCUGAUGAGGACCUUCAAAAUAUCCACAUGCAGCUGGGCCCCAGGAAGAAAGUCCUUAGUGCCAUAGACAAAAGGAAGCAGGUGCUCCAACAGCCUGGGCAGUUGGUUGACACCAGCCUCUGAUGGAAGGCAUUGAUUAAAAGGAAAGCUUGAGCCUGGGGUUCAUGCUGAGUUCCCUGGAACCACCCCAAAAUGAACCCCAUGCCUGGUCUCUGUCUGAUGACCGACUACUGGGUGUAGGUGUUAGGGUUUUAGAGAGGACCCUCCAAAAGAGAGGCUCAGACUCUGGGAGAUACUCUAUCCAAGUAAACCAUCAAUGAGAAAAGACCUUGGGAGACCUUGGGACUAGAUAAUGGCAUUUCUCUUCCAGGCCUUGCAUUCUGUGUAGACUUAGGGCUAUUACUAGUCUGAAGCCCAAAGCCCAACUUAAAUGGAUCUAGCCACUUAACAGAUGCUUACUAACUAUGGGGUUGGGUUUACAGUACUCCUGUCUGAGAAUCAGGACAUGUUAGCAGGUAGGGGGAUGACAGAAAGGAAAUGUGGGGUACUUGGUAUGGACUGGAUUUCUAAAGUUCUCAUAUGGAAGUCCUAACACCUAAGUGAGUGUUUUUGGAUAGUACUUUAACGAUGUGAUUAAGGUCGAAUGAGGUUAUAAGGGCAGGCUAAUAAUUCUAUAUGACUUAGAAGACAAGAAAGACUGUGAAGGGUUUGUUCACACUUGAAGAAAGGAGGACAGCAGGGAAGUGGCUGCCAGACAGCCAAGGAGAGAAGCACCCAAAGCAGACCUCGGAACAGUUUGGGCUUUCAGCCUCCUGAGAUAUGAAAAAUAAAUGUCUGUUGUUUGAGCCA